UCCCGGGCCCCCGCCUCCGCCUGAGAGCGGAAGGCGGAGACGUCGAGACUGGCCAGGGGGGAGCAAGGCGGCCGCGCGUGGGCAUUAGGGACUACGCGAUGUCCACAGGCUCCGUGAGCGACCCCGAGGAGAUGGAGCUGCGGGGGCUACAGAGAGGGUUCCCGGUCCCCGCCUCCAAGAGGCCGCCCCUCCGCGGUGCCGAGCCCAGCUACGCCUCACCCAGUGACAACUCGUCUGCGGAGGAGGAGGACCCCGACGGCGAGGAGGAGCAGUGCGCUCUGGGCUUAGCCGGCAGCGCCCGAGGCUGCAAGAGGAAGCGGCCCCGUGUGGCUGGGGGCGGCGGAGCAGGUGGCGGGGCAGGUGGCAGUGGCAAGAAGUCCCUCCCGCCCAAGGGCUCGCCCGCCGAGUGCAAGCAAUCGCAGCGGAACGCAGCCAACGCCCGCGAACGCGCCCGGAUGCGCGUGCUGAGCAAAGCCUUCUCCAGGCUCAAGACCAGCCUGCCCUGGGUGCCCCCAGACACCAAACUCUCCAAGCUGGACACGCUGCGCCUGGCUUCCAGUUACAUCGCGCACCUGCGGCAGCUGCUGCAGGAGGACCGCUACGAGAACGGCUAUGUGCACCCGGUGAACCUGACAUGGCCUUUCGUGGUCUCAGGACGGCCCGACUCCGACACCAAAGAAGUGUCCGCAGCCAAUAGACUUUGUGGAACCACCGCUUAAAUGAGAUCCGAACUCAUUUGAUGGGAUUAUUCGUUAAUGCGUGUGUGAGGGGGCCGCUGAGAGAAGACAGAGGGCGCGGGAACCCCAGAGAAUGGGAACACGGUUCUGUCGGAUUCUCCUUGCCCCUGCACCCUUCCCUGGAACUGUGAAC